GUCGCUCUGACUGCACAAUCGAGUAAUAGUUUUAACAAUUUUAUAUCAUUCUCAGUUUCGAAUUGGUAGUGCGCUACACGACAUAACAGAAGUAUGUGCUCUACCGCAGUUUUAUCAAUCAUAUUUUUUAUUUCGCUGUUAUGUUUGUCCCAAAGCACAAAUGGUUGUACAAAACUAACGACAAUAGAUACAACACGUCAAUCGUUGAAGCUGACGAAUCUGCAAUCCGAUAGUAACGCCACCCUUGAAACGAAAAGUAAUACUACGCUUGAAAUGAAACCAUUCUUGAUACGAUCGGAAAGUGGUAAUAUUGCAAUCACGUUAUCUCAACACUUAAAUGAUACCAACUCUCGUUGCUACCAGAUAUUCAUUGAAGACCAUGCAACAGACAAAAUUCGAAUGGGAUGUUUACAAAUAUCAGACAGUUGGAGCGAUUCACGAGACCAGAAAGGCUAUCAGUGUAAAAAACAAUUUAUUUUAUCACAAGACGACGUCGACUUUGUUAUGCUUUUUAGGAUUUAUUCAGUUAUUUAUCUACCAAGUGUCAUAUCAAGGUGUUUUGGUUCCUUAUCGCACUAGAUGUCAGAUCGUCAACUCCGUUUUGCGUGUGAUAGAAUAAUAUUGACAGUUUUUCCGUGGGAGCAAAUCAGAAUCUGUUUUGGAAUGUUUACUUUAUCCGUUUAGUCACUGCACUCAUAUUCUGACGACGAGAAUGAGCGACAACGUGUAUGUUAAAAUUAAUGAAGUAGUUGAUUUUGUGGUGAUCUGUUUAAAGUGAACGAUUCCGAUUAGUUACUGGCCUGGCCGUCUGUAGGAGGUUCAACUAAAAUUGAAUGGAACUACAUAUAUGAACUGUGAACACUGUACAUUUC